AAGCACACUAUCGGCCAUGAUACCAUACCUUUUCAUGCAUUUUUGGACAAAAUAGUGUCCCUAACCAGCAUAUAAAUGAUCAUGUUUCCUCCCUUCCCUUUUUACCUCUCUUCUUCAAUAAUGUUCUAACACUCUCUUCUCUCUUUUGGUUUAGGCAUUUUUACAAACUUAGCUCGAUUUUGCAACUUUAGAGAUGAAUCUAUCAGUGAAUGGUCAAUCACAAGUGCCUCCCGGCUUCCGUUUUCAUCCAACAGAAGAAGAGCUUCUUCACUAUUACUUGAGGAAAAAGAUUGCUAACGACAAGAUUGACCUUGAUGUUAUCCGCGAAGUAGACCUCAACAAGCUCGAACCAUGGGACAUUCUAGAAAAGUGCAAAAUAGGAUCGACGCCACAAAGUGAUUGGUAUUUCUUCAGCCACAAGGACAAGAAGUAUCCGACGGGGACUCGCACGAAUCGAGCCACUGCUGCGGGAUUCUGGAAGGCUACUGGACGGGACAAAGUCAUAUAUGGCAAUGGUAAGAGAAUAGGAAUGAGGAAGACCUUAGUGUUCUAUAAAGGGCGUGCCCCACAUGGACUGAAAUUAGAUUGGAUCAUGCAUGAGUAUCGCCUCGACGACAAUUCCACCCCUCAAGAAGCCCUCAACUUUUGUGCCUCUGAAUCAGCUGCUCCGGAAGAGGGCUGGGUGGUGUGCCGUGUUUUCAAGAAGAAGAGCUACCAUAAAGUACCUGAAAUCCCUCAAAGCUCCUCUGCUGUCUCUAGAACUCUUACUCAGAACCCAAACACUGAUAGCGUUCUUGAUCAAAUACUCAUGUACAUGGGAAGGUCAUGCAAACAACAACAUGAUCAAACCAAACACAACAAUAUCUCGCAUGUCAACGACAACCCAAACAUUCAAUUUGAUAAUAUUGAAGGCAGCGGUUUCCUACAUCUUCCAGAGCUGGUGAAUCAUCGUCCGACGACCAACAACAUGGAACUAAUUCAUCAAGAUUGCAGCUUUGAUGAGAUCAUGUCAAAAGGAACUGAUCAACAUUAUUCUUACAUGAAUAAUUACCAUGAGGAUGAGAAGGCUGAUAAGAAAAAUGGCCCUGCUGGUGACUGGGUAACUCUGGAUCGCCUGGUGGCUUCUCAACUUAAUGGCCAUCUCGAAAUAUCAACCAACAACACCCCUCGAUACAAUGAUGAUGAUGUUGAAUUUUGGAGUUAUGCGCAAUCAUCAACCUUUGAUCCAUUAAGCCACCUGUCCGUAUGAAUCAUACUUAGAUUAACUUGGUACUGUUUAUUCUAUCCAAAAUAGUACGUGCCUAGUUCUAGGAGUUGAGAUAAUAGUGGCUAUUCUGAGUGAUAUAACAGUACUACUAUUCCUCUGUAUUCAAAUUAAUUAUGAGCCGUUCAUAUUUUCUUUGAAGAGGGACAUCAUUGUCAACUAGAAUAUUUUUUCCGAGUAACGUUGUCCCCGGCCAUUUUGAUCAUUAUAUUGGCUAUAUACACAAAGACUGGGGCA